UUGCCGCAACUGUUUUCCACAAUCCUGUUCAUUAUUGUCGAAUGAAGGAUUCGAGGUACGUUUGAUACCCAAGAGCGCCCAGGCCGAGUAAUCCGGGUAACCCGCCCUGAUUCUGUCCGCAACCCUCGUCGGGUCCGGCAACGCACAGUGAUACUCACUUUGAAAAGAUUUUCCUUCCUCGAUAUUUCGAUCACUGCCGUCGUCAAUUGAACCGAGUUGUUGAUUUCCGUGUCUCAACUUCGGAAUUCCGACGCUUGGCUAGACCUUCUCGAACGUUAUCGUUUGCACCAGCAGUAUGCAUUGUAAUUAGCACAGCGGAAGGUUGGGAUGUAGAUAUUUGAGACUGAGGUGAGGGAGUUUGAGGGGUUUGAAGAGAUUGCAGGGAUUGAGUAUGCUUGUGCAGAUUGGUGUUAAGCUGCGAGGAUAUCAUCGAGGAAUUGAAUCGCAAAAGAGACGAUGGGAGGCAGGGAUUGGAUAGAGUGAGUUGGUGCUUCUUUUUGCCGCACAUGUAGUGUGGAGCAGCUGAGAAGAAGCGAAGGAGAUCGAGGUGUUAGAAGCGAGCUAUCUGCCACAAUGCGGGCAGCUCAUGCGCCCAAGCUGAUCGUGGAUGCGCUCUUGCAGCGCUUCCUGCCACUUGCACGCAGGCGUGUCGACACUGCCCAAGCGCAGGAUGGGCAGUAUUUGCGAGCAUCAGAUCCUUCUUACGAACAAGUGCUUGAUUCCUUGGCUAUGGUGGCCCAGCAUACGCCAAUACCCCUUCUCGAGGCACUUCUUAAAUGGCAGGAAAGUGAAACACCGAAAGUGCCAAAUGAUGCUUCGACUUUCCAGAGGAAGCUGGCUGUGGAGUGUAUUUUCUGCUCAGCUUGCAUUCGGAUCGUGGAGUGCUGCCCAGCAGAAGGUCUCACCGAGGUACUCUGGGCGGGGCUUGAGAAAUUUGCGUUUGAUUGGCUACUCAAUGCCGACAGAGUUGUGAGCCAAGCGGAGUAUCCAUCUCUGAUUGACCUGCGAGGACUACUUUUAGACCUUGUUGCACAGCUGCUGGGUGCUCUCUCUAGAUUAAGGUUUAGUUCUAUUACUGAGCGAUAUUUUUUGGAGCUGAAUACGCGGCGCUCUUAUGACACUGUGCGUAGUGAGACGCUAAGCCUUAUACAUGGGAUGCGCUACCUCAAACUUGAGAUGACAACGAGUUCUGGUCUCAAUGCUGCUACUUCUUUCAUUAUUAAGGCAAAUCCGUUCGAUGGAACCUCUACAAAGAAAAAGACUGAACUUCAUCAUGCUCUCUGCAACAUGUUAUCAAGCAUCCUUGUUCCUUUGGCAGAGUGCAGAAAGGGAGCUUGGCCACCAAAUGGAGGCGAUCAAGCUCUAAGCCUUUGGUACGAUGCAGUUUUCAGACUGCGGAGUCAGCUCAAUCUAUGGAUGGAUAAGCAAACCAAGCAUGUUAUUGUUGGUUACCCAUUGCUUACGUUGCUCCUCUCCCUGGGAGAUCCUCAAACAUUUAAAGAUUCAUUUGGUAACCAUCUCGACAAUCUUUACAAGCUUCUCAAGGACAAAGUGCUACGGUCCAUGGCGUUGGAUUGUCUCCACAGAGUGCUUCGGUUUUACCUCAAUGUACACGCAGGCAGCCAACCGGAAAUUCAAGUAUGGAUCUAUCUGAAUAGCAUAUCCACAACACUUUUGUCCAGCUUGAAAAAAGGUUCUCUCACUCAGGACGUACAGCAUGAUAAACUCGUGGAUUUCUGUGUAACUAUUGCUGACUCCUACCUUGAUUUCUCAAUGAAUCAUAUGAUAUUAGAGCUUUUACGUACUGAGCUGAGUGAAGCCAAAGUUAUUGGUCUGCGUGCUUUAUUAGCCGUAGUCUCCAGCCCAUCACAUCAUCGUUAUGGGUCAGAUACUUUUGGGAUCGAAGAUUUACAUUCUUCUGCUACUUCAUCUCUUCGGGGUACGUCUACUUCGUGGUCCUAUGCCUCAAGCUCGGCUAGUGGUGAAACAGCCUCAGAAGGACACGAUAUUGGCCCUUACAUACCCAAGGUUCGAUUUGCUCUGGGCGCUAUCAUCAAGUCUUGCCAUGCAAUAUUCGGAAAUUUGGUAAUGACGUCUACCAAAAUUACGACAGAGCCGACGACGAAAGAGAAAUCACAAGGAUGGCUUGUAUUCCGUUGGGCUCUGAAAUGCGUUCCGCAUCUUAUUCCAGAGCAAUGGCAAGCUGAGAAGUUGACAGAGAUUAUUCCAAUGUAUGCUAUCAGUGUAGACACAGGUGUUAGAGAAGAAGCAAUUCAGGUACUUUUUAGGACUGUGCGGGAUCUGCCUCAAAGUAGGUUUGCCGUUAUGCGGGGGAUGGCAAAUUUCAUAAUGCAAAUCCCGGAUGAUUACAAUUUAUUGAUCCAUUCGUCACUUGGCCGCUUAGUACAGUUGUUACAUGCUUGGCGUUCUUGUCUUGCUGAAGAGGCUUCCUCUGGAUUCGUUCCAAGGAAAACAGGAAAAGCAGGUCAUUUGUCAACUUUGACAACAAUGUCAGGAUUUGCAGAGGGUGAAGGGAGCAACUUUGAUCCUUCUGGCAUGGACGCAGUUGGCCUUAUAUUUCUUUGUUCCAUAGACGUACAUAUACGACGUACUGCAUUGGAGCUUUUGCGUUGCGUGCGUGAUCUACAGAACGACAUAAUUCGCUACACUCAUAAAGACACAGCUGGAAAACCUCCUUCAUUUGUAAUUGAUGUCUUCGAGGAAACUGGGGAAGACAUUGUUCAGCGAUGCUACUGGGAUACACUGCGAUGGUACGACCUUCGGCGUGAGUGGGAUGUGCCCCCUGUGGAUAUCAAUCUCCAAUCUGUAUUAGAAAGUUCCGAAAAGGGGCGGUGGGCACGGUGCUUGAGUGAACUAGUUACGUAUAUUGCAGAAUUGUGUCCUAAUGCGAUACAAGGAGCCAGAUUGGAAAUCAUCUCAAGACUGGCUAAUAUUACACCCAUGGAUUUGAGUAGUAAAUCUGCGCAAUCACAUGAAAGUGAUAGCAAGCUUGACCAGUGGCACUUGUACUCCAUGUUUGCCUGCGGCUGUCCGCCGGAGGACAGCAGCGAUGGUGGAAUUCGUUCUGUGAGAGACCUUUGUAGGCUUGUAUUUCCUUAUCUCAAAUCUGGAAACGAAGGGCAAGUUCUUGCAGCUACACUUGCCUUAGGGCACUCGACUUUGGAGCUCUCCGAGCUGAUGUUCUCUGACCUUACCACAUUCGUUGAGGAAGCCACCUCUGAGAUGGAAAGUCGACCAAAGUGGAAGAGUCAGAAAUGGAGGCAAGUGGAUGUUAGGGUCCAUGUGGCGGAUGUUUAUCGUCUGGUGGCAGAGAAUGUGUGGCCUGGUAUACUGACCCGCAGGCCUGCGCUACGCAACCACUUUCUGAAGUUCAUUGAAGAAACAGUUCGUCAGGUGCAAGUUGGGCCGUUUGAAAACUUCCAAGAGAUUCAGUCUUUGCGUUAUGCGUUAGCUUGCGUGUUGAGAUCCCUUGCAGUUGAUAUGGUGAAGGCACAAUCGGAGAGGUUUGAUCUUCGCGACCGCAAAAAAUUGUUCGAUCUUCUUGCUACAUGGUGUGAAGACGUAACGAGUGGAUGGGGUCAAGAUGGUGGAAGUGAGUAUAGACGUGAAGUUGGUCGCUACAAAGCUGCUCAGAGUCUCAGAGUCAAAGAUUCCAUGGACAAACAUACAAUUGAGAAGGAAAUCAAUGAUCGUGUUGAUGCAAUUCAGUGGGUGGCAAUGAAUGCCAUGGCAGCACUUCUGUAUGGUCCGUGCUUCGAUGAUAAUGUCCGCAAAAUGAGUGGGCGUAUAGUGGCUUGGAUAAACAGCCUUUUUCUGGAACCAGCGGGAAGGGUGCCAGGCGGCUAUUCACCAGCGGAAGCGCGAAACAUAUCGUCACAUUCUAGGUUUGGGAUAACUGGAUUUCUAGAAGGAAUGAGGGGUGGAACUGCUCGAGACAAGCAACGGGGAAGCCCAGCUCGAGUUCUCUUGGCGAAGAGUGCCCUAAUGAAUCUGCUUCAAAGUAACCUGGAUCUCUUCCCUGCAUUUAUUGAUCAGUGUUACUCAUCAGAUCCUUCCAUAGCAGACGGGUAUUUUACUGUCCUGGCUGAAGUGUACAUGCGUCAAGAAGUACCCAAAUGUGAUAUACCACGUCUACUUAGCUUGAUCCUGUACAAGGUUGUUGACCAGUCAAGACAGAUCCGGGAUGAUGCAUUGCAAAUGCUGGAGACCUUGUCAAUUCGUGCAUGGGCUGAAGAGGGUGAGGAUGCAGGGCGAUACAGAGCUGCUGUGGUGGGUAGUCUACCUGAUUCAUAUCAACAGUUUCAGUAUCAGUUGUCAGCCAAACUAGCUAAGGAGCAUCCUGAGCUAAGUGAAGCACUGUGCGAAGAGAUAAUGCAGAGGCAGCUCGAUGCUGUCGACAUCAUUGCACAGCAUCAGGUUCUCACGUGCAUGGCUCCUUGGAUCGACAACCUCGACUUCGUUCAACUUUUGGAGUCGGGUUGGAGUGAUCGCCUGCUUAAAAGCCUGUAUUAUGUGACUUGGCGGCAUGGAGAUCAAUUCCCCGAUGAGAUAGAGAAGUUGUGGAUUACAGUGGCUGGAAAAUGGAAAAAUAUCGUUCCUGUACUCAAUUUCCUUAUUACGAAGGGUAUUGAGGAUUGUGAUUCAAAUGCGUCGGGUGAAAUCAGUGGUGCAUUCGCCACAUACUUUUCAGUAGCAAAACGUAUAAGUCUCUAUUUGGCCCGAAUUUCUCCUCAGCAAACCAUUGACCAGUUGGUGUGCGAACUGGCACAAUGUAGACUUGAGGACCCACCUGAAGCGGUCAAAAGAGCCGAUCCUUACUUUGAUAAUGAAGUUGGCAUAUUAGAAUUUUCGCAAGGUCCGCCUCUUUCACAAAUGGAUUCCUCAGCUUUGAGAAGCUCCACUGAUGGCACCAUAAGAAAUGUUAGUGGCAAUUUGAGCUGGCGAACGGCCACAGGACGCAGCAUGUCUGGGCCUUUGAACCAGAUGCCAGAACAACUGAUCAACGUGCAUACAGGACGCUCUGGCCAAUUGUUUGCAAGUUCUGGACCAUUGAUGAGCUUUUCAAGCCCUCUAAUGGGAGUUCGAACUUCCACAGGAAGCAUGAAGAGUCGUCAUUUGUCUCGCGACAGUGGUGAUUAUUUUCUUGACACUCCUUCUGCUGACGAUAUCCGGUCCAGUUCUCAGGCAGCAGCUGGUGGAGAUCCGCAAGCACAUCAACACUGGCUUUCUCGUGCUGAUAUUGCGCUUAUACUUCUUGCUGAAAUUGCGUACGAGAAUGACGAAGAUUUUCGCGGACAUCUUCCGCUUCUCUUUCACGUUACCUUCGUGUCCAUGGAUAGUUCAGAGGAUAUUGUGCUUGAGCACUGUCAACAGCUCUUAGUGAAUCUCCUCUAUUCACUUGCCGGCCGGCACCUGGAAUUAUAUGAUUCUGGAGAUCAUGGCGACAGUGAGUACAAACAACAAGUAGUUAGCCUCAUCAAGUAUGUCCAAUCCAAGAAGAGUAGCAUGAUGUGGGAGAAUGAAGACAUGAGUCUGACUCGGACAGAGCUUCCCAGUGCUGCUCUUUUGUCAGCUUUGGUGUUGAGUGUGGUUGAUGCGAUCUUUUUUCAGGGCGACUUACGUGAAAAUUGGGGAGAGGAGGCCCUUAAGUGGGCAAUGGAGUGCACAUCGAGGCAUCUUGCAAGUCGAUCACAUCAAAUCUACAGAGCCCUUCGGCCAAGUGUGACGAGUGAUACAUGUGUGUCUCUAUUGCGUUGCCUUCAUCGCUGCUUCUGUAAUCCAUCACAACAAGUGCUGGGGUUUGUCAUGGAAAUUCUGCUAACCCUCCAGGUGAUGGUUGAGGUUAUGGAGCCAGAGAAAGUAAUAUUAUACCCUCAGGUGUUUUGGGGCUGUGUUGCUAUGCUACAUACAGACUUUGUUUAUGUCUAUACCCAAGUCUUGGAGCUUUUUGCAAGAGUCUUGGAUCGGCUUUCUUUUAAUGAUCAGACAGCUGAAAAUGUACUCAUCUCUAAUAUGCCUCGUACUGAAGUAGAACGGGACGAUCGAGAUUUAGGUCGUCUCGACUCGAAAGGUUUUUACCUUGGUAGUGAUAGAUCGUUUGAAUCUCCAUCAAGACAAAACUUUCCUCCUGCAAAUAGGGAAGAAGCAGAUGCCGACAAGACCCCUCCAUUUGAGGGAGUACAACCCUUGAUUUUGAAGGGUCUCAUGUCAACAGUGAGUCACGCAUCUGCUAUAGAGGUGCUGUCUAGAAUAACUCUGCAUUCAUGUGACCAAAUUUUUGGCAACUCGGAGACACGAUUGUUGAUGCAUGUCGUGGGGUUGUUGCCAUGGCUCUGUUUGCAACUGUACAAAGAGGAGAGCGUAGAAGUUUCUGAUACGUCACCUCUACAGCAGCAGCUACAGAAGGCGAGGUCAGUAGCAGCAAAUAUUGCACAGUGGUGUGCCGCGAAGCAGUUAGAGGAUCUGGGCGCGGUUUUUUUGGCUUACUCGGAAGGACAAGCAAUAACUACAGAGAAUUUGUUAGAGCAGGUCGCUCCGCUGCUCUGCUCUGAGUGGUUCCCUGCACACUCAAGUUUAGCAUUCAGUCAUCUGCUCCUCCUGCUAGAAAAAGGGCCAGUGGAGUAUCAGCGAAUCAUUCUUCUCAUGCUGAGGUCAUUGGUGCGGUAUACACCGAUAGAGAGUGCCAGAAUUCCCCAGGUAUAUGCUGCUGUAUCACAGCUGGUGGAAAGUCCACUUUGCAUGGAGGCUGUGAGUGUGCUGGAGGCCGUAUUGCAGAGCAGCACUGUGUACGGGAGUGUACAUUCAGAGACGCCUCCCACAGCUAAUCUUCAGGAAAACGGGACAACUAACAAUGCUCCACGCUAUUAUGCACGUCGUCCUGAUGAUUCUUCACCAAGCCCUCAAAGAAAUAUGGCGUCUCAAAACUCGCUCAAGUUGCGUGCACCAGUUCAACACGUAUGGACCGGUUCUGCGGGGCCAGUGCCAAGUGGCGGCGUCAGUCCUGUAGCCGCCGACAUACUUCCAUCCAGGGAGAAAGCAUUACGAAAUACUCAGUUAGCUCUUGGUCGUGUUUUGGAUACAUAUGGCUCGGGAAGGAAACGUGACUACAAGAGACUUGUGCCUUUCGUUCCCAGCAAUCUAGGGAUGACCUUUCGACCCGGUAAAUCUGAUCUUUGAAGAUUAUAUUAAACAUGAUGGUUCAUGCCCAUUUAAUUACUCCCAGUGUACCCAUUAGUGUAAGAAGCUGAAGCUCAGUGAAAAAGAAGGCAUUUUACGAGCACAUUGUUGUGCUUCUCAUCCAACAUCCUGCCCAGACAUACUUCCACACUGGCCAGGAAGGGGCUACUUACAUUGCUGAAGGAACCAAAUGCUGCUUACAAUGAGAGGUGGAUUUCAGAACACCACACUGGCUAUGCAGUAUAUCUAGUGUGCACUUGUGCCCCUUGAGGGCAGUGUUUUUUGCACCACUACAAGAGCUCUGAUGAUACCAGCAGGGGAGGGAUCUGGAGUACUUUGUCAUGAUGAUGAUUCAACUUAUCAUUGCGUGUUAGCCCUUGAGCAUGUGGAAGUUACUGUCGAUAAUCCUGCAAUUCUUCAGGUACCUCCUCUUAGAUAAUAUCCUGGAUUGUGAAGGCUCGGGGAAGCUUUCUUCACUUAGCUUCUCAUCCCACGUUUGCCAGUUCACUGUCAAAUAUUUAGGCUACAUGAUUUAUAUUUGUCUAGAAACUACUCAUUCACGUUAGAAGUAUUAUUCAUGUAAUUGUCCAAGAGAAGAACCCAAGCAGCACUGUGCUUUGCGUUGUACAAGGCCUCACAAUACCCCUUCGAGACAAUGAAGUUCAGGUAAUAAGUAACAAUAGAACAAAUUGUAGAUUUUAGAAAUAUUUCAGUUGGCGCUGCUACAGCAGCUACUCGUGCCGUGUUUCCAAUGAUGUGGAAAUUGGCAUCCACAUGUAAAAGGUCCAUAGGAAAUUUCAAUAUAUCUUGCAAAAACUGCGAGUCCAUUGUCUUGACUUCA